CCUCUAAAGGACAACCUGUGACUCCUGGCUUUGGAGGCUGCCCCUACAUGGCUAAUGGAGCCUAUGCUUACCCUCCUCCUCCUGCUAAUGGAAUGUACCCCCAAGGACCUCCCCCCUGCUACUCUUACCCCAUGCCACCUUCAGGUGGGUUCUACCCAAUCCCCCCGGCCUUUGAUGCUUCUGCCAGCUACGUCCCUCCACCUCCUUAUUCUGCUCCUGUGGGUCAGCAGCCCCCUCAUGACCCAGACCUGCCCUCCUCUGCAGCAGCAGAGGCCAAAGCAGCCGAGGCAGCAGCAGCAGCAGUGAGCUCCACCUCUGCCACUCUGCCUCCUACACAGGUGUAUUUGCCCCAG